UAUAUAUCCAAACCAUCCAUCCAUCCAUCUGCAUCGAAAUUGCAUGGAUAAGCUUGCUGACGAUGUAUCAUCUCAUAUAGGUUGAUUCAGCUAAACAAAAAUGUCUACUGCUGAGGACGAAACCGUCGUUAUUGAGAAUCAAGAAGUCGAAGUCGCUGCUGAUGCUUCCGCUCAGGGAAUGUCCGUGGAGGAGGCUCUCCAAGAAGUCCUCCGCCGCGCUCUCGUCCACGAUGGUCUUGCCCGUGGUUUGAGAGAGGCUGCUAAGGCUUUGGACAGACGUCAAGCUCACUUGGCUGUUCUUGUCGAGACUUGUACCGAGAAGGAGUACAUCAAGCUUGUCGAGGCUCUUUGCGCCGAGCACAACAUCAACUUGAUCAAGGUCUCCGAUGCUAAGAAGCUCGGUGAAUGGGCCGGUCUCUGCAAGAUUGACCGUGAAGGUAACGCUCGCAAGGUCGUUGCUUGCUCCUGUGUCGUUGUCAAGGACUUUGGUGAAGAGUCUGAGGCCAUGAACGUCCUUUUGGAUUACUUCAAGAGCCGUUAAGAAUCGGAUCCUUCAAUUUCAAGCAAACUUUUGCAAUAAAUUGACUUGAUUCUCAUCAAAAUUAUAUGUCUA